AUGUCUCUUGGAAUAACCCUAUCUCAGCUAGUCCAAGAGAGCUCUGAGCCCUUGGCCACGGGUAUUCCUAUGUUAGAUGAGGCGAUAUGUGGUGGACUACAGCCCAGGUCAAUUUAUGAGAUAUUUGGUCCUCCUGGAGUAGGUAAAACACAUUUAGGACUUCAGAUAAUAAGAAAUAAUAGCGACAAGCGAACUUUACUUAUAGAUACCCAUAAGCUCACCCCACUAUAUCUAUUAGAUUCUUUGUCGACUUUGCAUACAGUGCGAAUUAGAAAGUUUACUCAACUUGUAUACUUCUUCCAAGUACUGUCCCAACCGUAUGACCUGAUUAUUAUCGAGGGGCUGUCUCAACUACUUAUUGACUAUCUUCAUGCAAGUAUGAAGUAUAAAUCUCGCAAUGUUGAUGCGUCGUUACAUGCAUUCAAAAAUCGGAGUCUCAUUUUACUUAUGUCGCAGCUAACCAAGUAUGCAAACCAGCAUAAUUCUUGCAUAGUAAUGCUGAAUGAUUCUAUGAACACAGCAUACCAAGACUAUUCAGAUGUUCCACUAAUAUCCUUUGAUGGCAGUGAAAACUCAUCAUUUCUUCUGAAAUCGGAACCUAAACAGAAUGUUCAGAAAUUGAAAAGCGCAUUGGUAGCAAAUGCUAGCGUCGGUGGGAAAGAUUCAAGAUGGGAGGUGUUUAUUCGUUUACGAAUAGGGCUGUUCUGGGAUUGGGAGCGCGAUCUUAGUACAAAGGGUUCUUCGCUUAAGGUUCCGCGUAAAACUCGUAUUGCAAUAUUUAUUCCCCUUUCUACGAACUCAAGUAGCAGUGGAUCAGUGCAGGUACCUGAAGUUGUAAGACUACCUAAUGAGCCCAAUGAAUGGGUGAACACGGCAAUUAAUAAUAUGAGAAGGAAGAGCGCAACAGAAGAAGAAUCCUAUAUUCGGGAUGGAAUAAAAGAUCUUGAGGAGAGACAAUCUGAGCAUGUUAAGAAAUUUCCUCUUAGUGACUACGAUAUUGACCAGCAACAAACUAAGAGGCCAAGGCUAUCAGCAUACAGUGAAACUAACCUUGAUGGAGAAGUUCUAGUUGUUUACGACAGCGAAGGAUAG